AUGGUGAAAUCGGAGCAGGGAUUUGGAGACAAUAACUCCAGCAGAGGUACCAUGGACUCUGUGGCCUACACCUGGGAUAAUCUAGCUGCUACCUCCUUGCAGAGAGGGUCCUGUGACCUGCACUUUGAUGCUGCUGUAUUUGACAUUCUCACGGUGACUCCAGAAGAAUUUGCGCACCUUCCACAGCUUCAGGGUGUAUUGACUGCCAUUGAAGAUGGUCGUGGUUGUUGGAGGUACUCCAUGUUAGAUGGAGCCCAUGAGAAAAUGCAGCAAGACCUGGACAAUACACAGAGUCAACUCACCCAACUUGACAUUCCGAUCUUCAGAGCCAUUCGAUGCCAGGAAUUGUCUGAUUGCCGUUGGAACAAGAAACAAAAACACGCUUUGGCUCCCAAUGUGGGUGCUUUUACCCGGAGAUUUAACCAGGUCAGUUUCUGGGUCAUCCAGGAGAUUCUCACCAAACAGACACUGAAACGAAGAGUGGAAGUUGUUGGGCAUUUUAUCAAAAUUGCCAAGAAACUUCAGGGUCUCCAUAAUCUUCAUGGGUUGAUGGCAGUCGUUUCAGCAUUACAGAGCACUCCAGUGUUCAGAUUGUCAAAAACGUGGGCGCUGUUGAGCAGGAAAGAUAAGGCUGUGUUUGAAAAGCUGCAGACUCUGAUGUCCAGCGACAACAACUAUAAAGAGCUCCGAGAUUACAUCAACUGUUUGAAGGAAACUCCGUGUGUUCCAUAUUUAGGGAUUUAUUUGUCCGACCUCACCUACAUUGAUGCUGCAUUUCCACAGUCGACAGGAACCUUGGAGAAGAAGCAUCGCUGUGAUCUGAUCAAUAAUGUUUUACGUGUCAUCUUUGACUUUCAGCAGUUCUGUGAAUACGACCUUCCGACGUUGCCUCACGUGCAGAAAUACCUGAAUUCCCAGAGAUACAUCGAGGAACUGCAGGGAUUCUUGGAGCAGGACAACUACAGGCGAUCUCUGAUGAUCCAGCCUGCAACAUGUGCUCAGCAUCCGGAUUCCACACGAGACUCUCGAGGCUCCCUCUCCCCCAGUGAGGAAACGGAACGUUGUCAUGGUGAUGCCUCGGUCACAUGUCUGUCUUUGACGCGGGGGCACCGAAGAUGGCGGAGUGUCGAUUACAAAGCUGGACAGACAAACACGAGCAAUCACAGAAGUGCCACGUUUCCUGGCUCUUGGCCUCGGUAUCUCCUCGAUGACAGUGAGAUGGAAAGUGAUGCAUCGUGGGUGAUGCAGGCGAGGGCCUCCCAGGAAGAAAGCUCUGAUGUUGGAGAGAGAAAACCUUGUUCAUCUUUUGAACGCAACAGUGGGUUCUCCUGCUCCCUGGGCCGUGUGACGAGGUCAGUGUGGAGCGCUGUGAGGAGCCCGAGCGGAGCCACGCUGCAUCCUGAUGGAGAGGCAACAGCUAUGGAAAGUGUGCUGAGAAGGAAAACUGUCCUGAAAGGCAGCAGGAAGCCAACGGUCUCCCUGUGGACGGCCUAUUGGGUUGUACUUCGUGAAAGCCAGCUGUUUUAUUAUGGAGCCAAGUCAGUGACAUCUGCUGAAAGGAACCAGUUUAAGUCGAGUUGGUGUAAGAGAGUGUCUGUUGUUGGUUGGGUGCCUUUUCUGAUGGAUGAUCCAGAUGUCGACGUUUUCCAACUCUCCGACUCUGAACACGGUCAUUGCUAUCGAUUCCACGCAGGAAGCAGACUAAAUGCAAUGCUGUGGGUCAAACAUCUCAGCAGGGCAUGUGAGAGAAACAGGAACCAGCCUCCCCUGAAUUUGAUGUCUUUCGAAUGAGUGAGGAUGCUGUGAAGAUUUAUAAAAUGUUUUUGGGAACCCCAGCGGACUGCCGGGUCAAGCUUCUGGACUUUGGGAUGUGACUGAAAUGAUAUAAACUCCUGCCAGUGUCAGCCUCUGAUUUGGAACCUCUGGGCGCCUUUCGUUGUUUCGAACCAGCUCUGGAGACUCCUGUUAAACCCAGGAGCAGAGUGUGGCUGCUGUGCUAGAAAUGAGCAGUUUACAGAUUCUGCUGGUCACAGGGCAGAUAGUGAUCAGUGACUUUGGUAUUCUUUCAAACACCAGUCACUCAGAUUGUCACAAGGAUGUUGUCAGAGGGGCAAAUCUUUUGUUUAUGAUCUUGUGUGGACCUUUACUGCACAUCGUUUUCAGGUGGGGGUUGGGGUAAAGUCACGGACUCGUUUGCCCACUGGUGGAAAUGGCUCUGGAAUUCUGAAUCAACGAUUGUUUACCACUUCCUGGUCCUUCUGGCAUCCAAUGAAAUGUUUGAAGUUUUGCCAGAGUAAAUUAUUCAACUCCUGUUUGUUACUCUGACCGAUAUCACUGUCAUUGCCUUGUCACCUGCACCUUUUAUCCAAAUCCGUGUGUGUUUGCACUCCUCCUCCUGACUGUCUGCUGGAGAACGAGCAGCAUUCCCUCUGUCUACGCAGUGCACUGUCUCUGGGCUAUUGGGCUUUAGUUGAUGGGUCUGCUCUGUAUUUUACUAGCGCCUGAUAUUCCUGUCCAUUGAAACCCAGUGGGGAGGAAUGGAAAACAGGAUACGCAGGCUGCUGCCUGGCAGAGACUUCAGGUAUGGAUCAUUCCAAUAUCAAACCCGGCAAAUAAUUGCUGAAUAAAUCAUGUCAAAACCCUGGAGAGGAAUUCUGUGUUCGGUCCUCUGAGCUCAUUGUGGCAAUUGGAAACCAUUUCACUAGCUCUUGGUUGCUUUGCUGUAAACCAUUUGAGGGGUUUCGUUUAAAGCAGGGGUGUGAAUAAAUCACGUGACAGCUGGGAAUGUUAGCGAGAGGAAGGUCCUGUUCUGCACAAUUGUUUGGUCUUGUUCAUGACUUGCACAUUCAGGUUUCAGUCACCAACGGUACUGGGAUGUUUUCCUGGAGAUUUCAUCUCCAGUUUCCCUCUUUCUAAAUUCCUCAAAAGCUGCCACGAUUGGUCUCCUGGCACGUUCACCCUCACAUUGUCUCUCUAACACACCAGCCGUGCUCCUCCGCCCUGCCCUGCUGAUCACAAAGCUCAGGCAUUGUUCCAGCUUCAUGUCACCAGCCACCCUGGCCAUGAGAAUGUUUGGUGUCUCCAUGUCCUUCCUGCUACUGUCAUUGCUUCAGCCUCAUCUUUUAUCGUUCUUCACCGUUCACUUUGCUCCGCUGUGAGCUGAGAACUCCCUCUCACUGUUUCUGAUAAGGAGCUAGUCUUCCUGAAUGAGCUUCAUAUUCCUCAUUGAGGAAUACAGACCCAGCUCCUGUCUUGCCAUUGAGUCUGUUCUAUAGCACACUCCUCUCUUUUAUGUUAAAUCCUACCAGUCUCUCUGGCAGUAUGUGUAAAUGAGGUAAAGCUCUCGCGCUCCCUUCCAGCCCCCACCCCCAACCCGACUCGCUAGUUGCCUGUUCCCACUGUCUGCCGAUUACGACACACUUUGGUUUGACUUGUGCCCAGUGUAAUCUUUAUCAUUUAAUUCACUCUGUCCCUAAAGGAGGAUGAGACACCUCUGGGAAACUGACGCUGAUCUUUCAUUGACGUGCACAACCCCAAAAACUUCCACAAGGCAACCAGAACCUGAUUCCCUGCCCCUUCACAAAGUCUGAGAGAUAACCAUGGGAAGCCCUGUUGGUGCGAAUCUACCUAGCACUUCCUUCUCUAAGUACCUUUAACAAGAUUCAUGCAUUCAGGACAAAAUAGAAUAUAUAAAUACAUGUAAAUAUUAAUUUGACUGUAACACCCAGAGCCCUGAGGAUGUUUGCAGAGUGUAACUGAGGCUGAUGAGAGUCCAUGACAAAGCUGCUGCAGUGUUGACAGACCUGGAGUGAGCCCAGAGGAAAGGUGACAUUUGCUGGUCUGUGUGAACCAUAGAAACAGAUUCUCCAGUGACAGCAGGAUCUCUGGCUUGCGUGGGCUGGGUUUUUCUCUGCUCUGCUUUCAUAUGCUGCAUAAAGAUGGAAUGUUGUUUUUAAUAAGAUUGAUUCCUCAAUCCUGAGCCGACUGUGUUUUAAGGAAAUUGUCAGAGGAUCUUCACUUCUUACUAAUGUACCACAUCUACCCUUGGUGGGUUUUUACAAUAAAAUAAAUAUUUGGUCUAACUCUGA